AUGAUAAAAUAUUCAUAUAAUAGGUUAUUAAGAAUAAUAAUUAGAAACUAUCAAAUUGCUGAUAUUAAGUUAGCUCACAAAAUCUUACAUAUUUAUUCUAAUCAGUUUGAAAUAGAUUUAAUCACUAAAGAAUUUAUUCAAAAAAAUGCAGUUUUUAUUUGA